AACCCAAUUUCACAAUUUUCUACAGUCUUGCACCCCAUGAGUGUAUAUAAAAAGCACCUGCAAACUGCAUACUUUCUUCAAUUAUCAAACUUCACAACAUAUUUGAUUUUUCCCAAAUCAAACAAUUUAUUUUAAAAUCCCAAAAUAAAAAUAAAGAAAAAAGGCAGAAAAGAGAAAAAAAACAUUCACAGCUGUGUUUCAUAGACUAGUGUCUCACUCUUUUUCAUACACCACUUUCUCUCUCUAAACAAGCAUCGUAUAAAGUGAUCCCAUAAAAACACAAAAGAAAUUGCCAAAAGUUCACAACUUUGUGUCACUCUUGCUCUAACUUAAGCAAGAAAAUUUUAAUAAAAUUUUUAAUCAAAAAUGCAGGGCAUUAAAAAUCCCUCAUUUUUAAUGUUCAUGCUCUGUAUUUUCUGGGCAUUUUUGGUCUCAAAUUUGCUAUCAGUUGUAAAUGCAAGUGUUGGGUAUGAUCAUAAAGCUAUCAUCAUUAAUGGACAAAGAAGAAUUCUUAUUUCUGGGUCUAUUCACUAUCCCAGAAGUACUCCUGAGAUGUGGCCAGAUCUUAUUCAGAAGGCUAAAGAAGGUGGGUUAGAUGUAAUACAAACCUAUGUUUUCUGGAAUGGUCAUGAACCUGAACAAGGAAAGUACUACUUUGAAGAUAGGUAUGACUUGGUGAAAUUCAUCAAGUUGAUUCACCAAGCUGGUCUUUAUGCUCAUUUAAGGAUUGGACCUUAUGUUUGUGCUGAGUGGAACUUUGGGGGGUUUCCUGUUUGGCUGAAGUAUGUUCCAGGCAUAAAUUUCAGAACAGAUAAUGGGCCUUUUAAGGCUGAGAUGCAAAGAUUCACAGAGAAGAUUGUUAACAUGAUGAAAGCUGAAAGAUUAUUUGAGACACAAGGCGGUCCAAUUAUACUGUCACAGAUUGAAAAUGAAUAUGGACCAAUGGAGAAUGAACUUGGUGCUCCUGGAAGAGCUUACACUGAUUGGGCAGCCAAAAUGGCUUUGGGUUUAACUACUGGAGUCCCAUGGGUCAUGUGUAAGCAAGACGAUGCUCCAGACCCCGUUAUUAACACUUGCAAUGGCUUCUACUGCGAUUACUUCACUCCAAACAAGGCUUAUAAACCAAAAAUGUGGACAGAGGCUUGGACAGGAUGGUAUACAGAAUUCGGAGGUCCAGUUCCUAAGAGACCAGCUGAGGACUUGGCAUUCGCCGUUGCUAGAUUCAUACAGAAAGGAGGAUCUUUUGUCAAUUAUUAUAUGUAUCAUGGUGGUACAAACUUUGGCCGAACUGCGGGGGGUCCUUUUAUUGCUACGAGCUAUGACUAUGAUGCUCCUCUAGAUGAAUUUGGAUUAUUACAACAGCCAAAAUGGGGUCAUUUAAAGGAUUUGCACAGAGCAAUAAAACUUUGUGAGCCAGCUUUAGUUUCCAGUGAUCCAACAGUGAUCCGGUUAGGGAGCAGCCAAGAGGCUCAUGAAUUUAAGUCAAAAUCUGGAGCUUGUGCUGCAUUCCUUGCCAAUUAUAACGCAAAAUCUUAUGCAAAGGUGGCAUAUGGGAAUAAUCACUACAACUUGCCUCCUUGGUCAAUAAGCAUUCUUCCUGAUUGCAAGAACACUGUCUUCAACACUGCAAGGAUUGGAGCACAGAGUGCACAAAUGAAGUUCACUCCAGUUUAUCAACACUUUUCUUGGCAAUCAUAUAACGAUGAGACAGCUUCAACUGAUGAUAGUGCCUUUACAAUGAUGGGGCUGGUGGAACAAGUUAAUACCACUAGAGAUAUGACUGACUACUUGUGGUAUAUGACUGAUGUCAAAAUUGGCCACAACGAAGGAUUUUUGAAGGGUGGAAAGUCACCAGUUCUUACUGUGAUGUCAGCUGGGCAUGCUUUGCAUGUUUACAUCAAUGGUCAACUAGCUGGUACUGCCUAUGGAAGUCUUGAAAAUCCCAAGAUAACCUUUAGUGAAGGUGUGAAUUUGAGGCCUGGAAUUAACAAAAUUGCACUACUAAGCGUUGCUGUCGGGCUACCGAAUGUUGGCCCACAUUAUGAACGAUUCAAUACUGGUAUUCUCGGUCCUGUUUCUUUAAAUGGUCUGAAUGAGGGGAGGAGAGACUUGACAUGGCAGAAAUGGUCGUACAAGAUUGGAAUGAAAGGUGAAUCUUUGAGUCUUAAUUCCCUCAAUGGUGCCAACAAUGUUGAGUGGGUUGAGGGCAAAUUUCUUGCUCAAAAGCAACCGCUUACAUGGUAUAAAACGAUUUUCAAUGCUCCACCUGGUAAUGAACCCCUUGCAUUAGAUAUGGGUGGCAUGGGUAAGGGUCAAGUAUGGAUUAACGGACAAAACAUUGGGCGUUACUGGCCUGCUUAUAUAGCAAAAGGUUCAUGCAGCGACUGUAGCUAUGCAGGCUAUUUUACUGAGAAGAAAUGCUUAAGCUACUGUGGAGAUGCUUCUCAGAGAUGGUACCAUGUUCCUCGGUCUUGGCUGAAGCCAGCAGGUAAUUUGAUGGUAGUAUUUGAAGAAAUGGGCGGAGAUCCAAACUGGAUUUCUUUAAUGAAGAAAGAAACAAGCAGUAUUUGUUCUGAAAUGAAUGAGUGGCAACCUAACCUUGUGAACUGGCAUUUGAAAUCUUCUGGGAGGAUAGACAAACCAUUGCGGCCAAAGGCCCACCUAUGGUGUACUCCUGGGCAGAAGAUUUCAUCGAUUAAGUUUGCCAGUUUUGGGACGCCUGAAGGAUCUUGUGGAAACUUCAAUCAAGGAAGCUGUCAUGCCCACAAGUCCUAUGAUAUUUUUGAAAGGGAAUGUAUUGGUCAGGCAGGUUGUGCUAUAACAGUUGAACCUGAGCUAUUUGGAGGAGAUCCAUGUCCAAAUUUUAUGAAAAGACUAGCAGUCGAAGCAAUUUGCAGUUGACGUGCCUAGCUAGUUGUUUUGACUUACACGAGUCAAAGCUUUUGACUUGAGUGAAGCUGUACAAACUCUGCGACACACAUUAUAGUCCAAAGCUUGUACAUAAACUAGAUGUUUCCUCCAUUGUUGUGUGGGCUCAAAAAGGAGCGCCGAUGUUAGUAAGUUGAAUCAACUCCCAUAAAUUGAGGGAGACGAUUCUAGCACAUUGAGAUGUUAAUAGGAAUCCAUGUGCUAUACAUAUGUACCAUUUAGAAUGUGUUGAAUCCUGUUGUUCCAAUUUCAAGAUGAAAUUCCUAGUAAGAGGCAAUUUUUCAUUGCUUCCAUUUUGUUACUUAACGCGUUUAUAUCAAGUUCCAUUUAUGAUUCUUUCUUAA